CUUAAGACAAAAUCAACCUUUUCGUCUGUGGCGUUCGGCCCCAUUAAUCCUAUUCGGAAAACUUUUCCUGCCGUAGGGCCCAAACCUCCGCUAAUUUCUAGUGAGUGACUAAAUUUAAUGUCGUGGUAAGUGGUGCAACAAUGCAGAUUUUCGUCAAAACCCUCACGGGUAAAACCAUAACCCUAGAGGUUGAAGCUUCUGAUACCAUCGAAAAUGUUAAAGCUAAGAUUCAAGAUAAAGAAGGAAUUCCUCCAGAUCAGCAAAGGUUAAUCUUUGCAGGUAAACAAUUGGAGGAUGGCAGAACAUUGUCAGACUAUAACAUUCAAAAAGAAUCCACCUUGCAUUUGGUGCUCCGCCUUCGUGGUGGUGCCAAGAAACGCAAGAAGAAGAAUUAUUCAACACCAAAAAAAAUCAAACAUAAGAAGAAGAAGGUUAAACUAGCUAUUUUAAAAUGUUACAAGGUUGAUGAAAAUGGUAAAAUAUUUCGCAUGAGGCGUGAAUGCCCCGGAGAGGCCUGUGGAGCAGGAGUAUUUAUGGCUGCUAUGACAGAUAGGCAUUACUGUGGAAAGUGUGGAUACACCUUAGUAUUCAGCAAACCAGAAGAAUAAUCGUAAUUAUGAAUGUUUUAAAUUCACAUUCAAAAUUGACUUAAUAUCUUGUCAAAUGUUAUAUGAAUAAAUAUAAUACAAUAUUAAAGAGACUAUUGAUCUAA